UACUCGGGCGGGCCGCGGCGGCGGCCCGAGCGCCUCUCCUUCGCCGAGGUUGCGCGCCCCCUCCUCGCCGUGUCCCGGGCCCGCGCGGGAUUGUGCGUCGUCCCGCCUAGUCCCUGAAGGGAAGGAACCGAGGCGGCGGCGGCGCCCACGUCCCUCCCCCGCCGCACCCCGCCCCGGCGCAAGAGGAGAGCGCGAGAGCCGGAGCCGCGGGAGGGCGGAGAAGAUGGCAGAGGCACCAGCCUCCCCGGCCCCGCUCUCUCCGCUCGAAGUGGAGCUGGACCCGGAGUUCGAGCCCCAGAGCCGGCCGCGCUCCUGUACGUGGCCCCUGCAGAGGCCGGAGCUCCAGGCGAGCCCCGCCAAGCCCUCGGGGGAGACGGCCGCCGACUCUAUGAUCCCCGAGGAGGACGACGACGAAGACGAUGAGGACGGCGGUGGCCGGGCCGGCUCGGCCAUGGGCAUAGGCGGCGGCGGGAGCGGCGCGCUGUGCUCCGGGCUGCUCCUGGAGGACUCGGCCCGGCUGCUGGUUCCCGGAGGGCAGGACCCCGGGUCCGGGCCAGCUCCCUCGGCGGGCGCGCUGAGCGGGGGAACUCAGACGCCGCUGCAGCCUCAGCAGCCGCUGCCACCGCCGCAGCCGGGGGCGGCUGGGGGCUCUGGACAGCCGAGGAAAUGCUCGUCGCGUAGGAACGCCUGGGGGAACCUGUCCUACGCCGACCUGAUCACCCGCGCCAUCGAGAGCUCCCCGGACAAACGGCUCACUUUGUCCCAGAUCUACGAGUGGAUGGUGCGCUGCGUGCCCUACUUCAAGGAUAAGGGCGACAGCAACAGCUCUGCCGGCUGGAAGAAUUCUAUCCGGCACAACCUGUCUCUGCACAGCCGAUUCAUGCGGGUCCAGAAUGAGGGAACCGGCAAGAGUUCUUGGUGGAUAAUCAACCCUGAUGGGGGGAAGAGUGGGAAGGCCCCCCGGCGGCGGGCCGUCUCCAUGGACAACAGCAACAAGUAUACCAAGAGCCGUGGCCGUGCCGCCAAGAAGAAGGCAGCCCUGCAGACAGCCCCGGAGUCAGCCGAUGACAGUCCCUCCCAGCUCUCUAAGUGGCCUGGCAGCCCCACGUCACGUAGCAGUGAUGAGCUGGAUGCGUGGACGGACUUCCGCUCCCGCACCAAUUCCAACGCCAGCACAGUGAGUGGCCGUCUGUCGCCCAUUCUGGCAAGCACAGAGUUGGAUGACGUCCAGGAUGAUGAUGCGCCUCUCUCCCCCAUGCUCUACAGCAACUCAGCAAGCCUGUCCCCCUCUGUCAGCAAGCCGUGCACCGUGGAGCUGCCGCGGCUGACCGACAUGGCGGGUACCAUGAACCUGAACGACGGGCUGGCUGACAACCUCAUGGAUGACCUGCUGGAUAACAUCCCACUCCCGUCGUCCCAGCCGUCACCCACCGGGGGGCUCAUGCAGCGGAGCUCUAGCUUCCCGUACACCACCAAGGGCUCAGGCCUGGGCUCUCCGACCAGCUCCUUUAACAGCACGGUGUUCGGACCUUCGUCCCUGAACUCCCUGCGCCAGUCUCCCAUGCAGACCAUCCAAGAGAACAAGCCAGCUACCUUCUCUUCCAUGUCCCACUAUGGGAACCAGACACUCCAGGACCUGCUCACCUCGGACUCACUCAGCCACAGUGAUGUCAUGAUGACCCAGUCGGACCCCUUGAUGUCUCAGGCCAGCACGGCAGUAUCUGCCCAGAAUUCCCGCCGGAACGUGAUGCUUCGCAGUGACCCAAUGAUGUCCUUCGCCGCCCAGCCCAACCAGGGGAGUUUGGUCAAUCAGAACUUGCUCCACCACCAGCACCAAACCCAGGGCGCUCUCGGUGGCAGCCGUGCCUUGUCGAAUUCUGUCAGCAACAUGGGCUUGAGUGACUCCAGCAGCCUUGGGUCAGCCAAACACCAGCAGCAGUCUCCUGUCAACCAGUCUAUGCAAACCCUCUCAGACUCUCUCUCAGGCUCCUCCUUGUACUCAACUAGUGCAAACCUUCCCGUCAUGGGCCAUGAGAAGUUCCCCAGCGACUUGGACCUGGACAUGUUCAAUGGGAGCUUAGAAUGUGACAUGGAGUCUAUUAUCCGUAGUGAACUCAUGGAUGCUGAUGGGUUGGAUUUUAACUUUGAUUCCCUCAUCUCCACACAGAACGUUGUUGGUUUGAACGUGGGGAGCUUCACUGGUGCUAAGCAGGCCUCAUCUCAGAGCUGGGUGCCAGGCUGAAGGAUCACUGAGGAAGGGGAAGUGGGCAAAGCAGACCCUCGAACUGACACAAGAUCUACAGAGAAAACCCUUUGCCAAAUCUGCUCUCAGCAAGUGGACAGUGAUACCGUUUACAGCUUAACACCUUUGUGAAUCCCGCGCCAUUUUCGUAACCCAGCAGAGACUGUUAACGGCCCCUUACCCUGGGUGAAGCACUUACCCUUGGAACAGAACUCUAUAAAGUAUGCAAAAAUCUUCCUUGUACAGGGGUGGCGAGCUGCUCCGCCGCACCCUGCCAGCACCGCCCCCCCUGGCUCAGAGCACACCGGGAGCCCCCAUCGGCAAUUCUGUGGUGUUUUAAUAUUGCGAUGGUCUAUGGGAUGUUUCAAGUGUUGUUCUUGUGUUUGUUUUCUUUGACUUUGGGAGUUUUUCACAUGCAUUAACUUGCAAUAUUUUUCUGUUAAAAUGUUAACCGUCCUUUCCACUGGCAAAUUUAAAUACAAAUGUACUAGUUACCAUGCCGGCUUCACAAGCUUUUGAGCCCAUGGAACUCCAUAAACUAGAGGGAGAUUUUCUUUCUUCUUUUGUUUAGUAGUAAAUUAUCCUUUGCUAAAAACUGAACAACAGCACAGUUGUUUGCUCUGUACACCCGUCUAGGACUGAUCCAUGCAAAGGCAAAACCGGUGGAGCACAGCAUCUGGCCCGGUGUGUCCCAGUUCUGAGUCGGGUGGUCUGUGGGUGGGACCCCAACACCUGGUCUGCGGUUGCCAGAUCAGCAGGACCUGUGAUCGCCUGUCAGUGUCCUCAGCUAAUGUGAACAGUAUUGGUCUGUUAGAACCAGGAUCUUUUAAGGAAAGAAAGCAGCACAGCUGUCCACUCGUUGCCAAAUGCCACUAAAGGGUUUAGUUUUAAGGAGAAAAGGAAAGGGGGAAAAAAGCCCUGUUUUGCUUUGCAGAAGGAAAGAAUUUACAAGUGAGCAUUAAGCUUUGCAGUGAGAAAUGUGUGAAGAAAACAAACCCCAGUCAAUACUAAGGCAGUUCUAAUUCCACUGUUGUCCUAAAUACGUAUCCUUGAUUAUUUUCAUCUUUGCUGUGUAUAAUCUGAUCUGCUGAAAGCGUAUGAGUGAGAGACAGUAGCAUACAAACCGCAUUUUUUAAAUAUAAGCUUAGGUUGUCAUUGUACAAGUGACACAAUGAAAGUACAAGAUAAGGCUAUUUAACUUUUUUUUUUUUCUGCUUCUAUGGAUUUUAUUCUGUUUCAUUUUCACAAAGUUAUGGUGCUGUAUAGGUGCUUUCUGUUUAACCUGGAAAGUGUGAUUUAUAUUUGUUACCCUCCUUGGUAGACAGGACAGUUGGGAACACCAUUGGUACAUAGGAAACUGGUGUGACAGUGCUCUGAUCAGCACAGCAUAGACAUACUUCUCCAAAGCGAUAUAUGAAGGCUCUUUUCUUUGCAUAAAAAGCAUUAGGCAUAUAAAUGUAUAAAUAUAUUUUUAUCAUGUACAGUAGUACAAAAAUGGAACCUUAUGCAUGGGUGUUAGGAUUACAGGCUAGUAUUUCAGCACAGACUUCCCUGCUUGAGUUUUCGCUGAUGCUUGCACCGUGACAUGGGCACCAACACAGACGUGCCACCCAACCCCACCUCCCUACCCCCUGCUCCCACCACCAGCCUCCAGGAGUACCCUUGUGCACCUUUGCUUUAUAACUCCUCUGAGGGGGAUAUUGGUGGUGAUCACAGCUCCUAGCAUACUGAGAGUUCCAUUUGGUAUUGUCACAUGUCUCUCCUGCCUCGCUUGGGUCGUCAUGUUUGAGCGAUGGCCCUGUUGAUUUCACCCUGCCUUUCACUGAAUCUGUACAUUGUUGUGCAAUUGUGGUUAUAGUAGACCUGUAGCACACCGCCUUUUCUGAACUGCUACAUGUUUAUAAUCAUUUUAAAAGUAUGUAUAAUUUUUAAAAAUCUAUAUUCUAUUCAUGUGGUCUGCUUGUCAGUUACCAGACUCACUGUAUUCCUUGAUGAUGAUGCUAGCCACUUCCUUGAUCCUUUAGGAGUCUGCUUACACAAGAACUGUCCUGUGUCAGUGGAAGAGGGCUGCCUCUCUGGCCUCCUGAGUGCUGCUGCCUGGGCGGGGAUGCCUUGCAGAGUCUGACAGCAGCUGGUUGCGAGGGCAGCAGGGGAAUGGGGGGGAGGGGUGCCAAAUACAAAGGAAACUCCAGAGGGCUUCCAGUGUGAGGGCCCUGAGAACUUCUCUGCAGGGUUCAAAGAAACAGCAAACAAAGUAGCUACAGGUGUAUAGACUCUGAGAAUGAAAACGGCAACCCUCCACUGUGUUUCAGCUUUAAAUGUCGCAUUCCUUUCAGACAUGUGGCAUCUCGUUCGUUCUCUUCUUUUCCAGUGUUUGUUAGAUUUCAGGCAGAAUGUCUUACAAAUGUCCUAAAACCAGAUUAUACUUUAAUCUAAAACAGCUGAAGAGGGGACAGAGGAAGUAUGAGGGCAGGGCAGCCACAGGUCAGGAAUAUGGGCAGUGUGUGCUUUGAUGUUUUUUGUUGACUUUGUUUUCUUUUAUAAAUAACUCAGCAUCUACAGGUACAAUGUUGUGGAGAGCUGAGACAGUACAGCUGUGGCAGCAUGGGACCUGCCAACCCCAGGAGAGAGUUCAGGCAAGAAUCGAAUAGCUGGGCCUGUUCACAGUCACUGUGCCUCACCCUCAGCUGGCCGCCCAGAGAGGCCAGGCUCCCUCAGACUAGCCAGGGUCUAAGGUGGUCAGACUGGGCAGAGGUGCUACCUGAGCCCCUGUCCCUCAUUGAGACCUGCUUUCAGUCUGGGCCAGCUGUUGGCCACCACAUCACAUUCUGAGUGUCAUGGUUCCCACAUCUCAGCAGGAUACUUAGUAGCCUCAGGGGGCCUAUUUGAACUGUCCGAGGCUACCCUUAGCCUCUAAAUAAGCCACUCUAGGGAGCCGCCUACUUUUUGAUGGGAAAUUAGAAGAGUAAUAUUGAAAACAAGACCUGCACUCUGGGGCCGUCAUUCUCUUCAGGGCUCCAGAACCUGAUACUUUUUACCAAAGCUAGAAAAGAGCUUUAUCACAAGCCUUCACUGUCCUGGCAUGAGAACCGACCGCCAGGUUCAGCAUACCCCAUUAACUGUGAAUGAAUCUGAGGGUUGGUUUCCUUAAUCGCAUCCUCUGCAAUGUAGUGAUUGCUGAAACACAUUUUUUUUAUAAUUUUUCAGAAGUUUGUCACUCCUGUUAAUGGGAGGGUCAUGCACACACGUGUCGUACAAGGCGGACUUCGUAUUUGUGUUUGGUGUUGACUCUUAGCAUUGUGUGUGUUGCUUCUGCACCCCGAGGGGAGGACAUCAUGGCUCGCUACUCAGGACAGGGUGUAUCCCUCCGAGGGGGUGAUUUCAGGUGGCUUCCAAACUUGCACAUAGUUUACGGAUGGCAGGGACAGACUUUGCCUCUACCUUAUGAACCCCGCUUAAAAAAUAGCCUUUGAAUCUCUUGGAAGAGACCAUCAAGAAUAAAGCAGUCAAAAAACAAGUCAUGGUUCCACAUGUUGGUGCCAAGGGCUGGUGAGAGGAAAUAAAAAUGUUAGCCUUUCUCAUUCAAAAAGCAAAAAGAAAACCCUGACAGCUCUGAAAUCUGAUUCUUUUUGUUGUUGUAGUUUGGCCGGGCCGGGUUUGAACCCGCUACCCUCAGUAUGUGGGGCCGGCCCCCUACUCACUGAGCCACAGGUGUCACCCUGAACUCUGAUUUUCUUUUCUUCCUGUAUUUGGGGAACAUUGAAUGAUUAGGCAUAAUGAUUUUUUUAAAAAUAUAUUACAAUUUUUUUCUAGAAAGGCAAUCACUAGUAAAGAGGUAUAAAAAAGCCAUCCUCUCCUGGAAACUGGGGAGGCAGAGUGCCACAGGGGACAGUGAAUUCUUGUGGGGUGAGGCCCAUCUAACAAGAUCUUAAAGCAGUAACUGAAAAGAGUAUAUUAUGUUUGACCUAAAUCUUAAGUGGAUAAUACUUUAUGUAGUUUGAAUGGAAUAUUUUCCUCUAGUUUUACUCGUGUGUAUUUUUCUUUGAUGAAUGAUUGGUUAUGAGGCCUCUGCCACACUCCAGAAAUACUUGUGCGGCUGCUUUGAAAAACUAUAUGUCUGGUCAAUUAUUUCUCUAAAAUUAUCUCAUUGCCUGGCAAUCAGUCUUCUCUUAUAUACUUGUCCCAGCACAUUAUGUACACAGGAAAUGUAAACAGAUGUGAAGGAGGACCAGAAAAAUUAGUUAAUAUUUUUUAAAAUGUAUUAUACAUUUUGGCUACACAUGUUUAACUUUUUUUUAAGAAAAGUUGCAUGAAUGGAAAAAAAAAUCUGUAUACAGUAUCUGUAAAACUGUAGUAUCUGUUUCAGUUCCUUGCUCAUACCCCAUAAACUAGAAUAUGGUGCAUGGCCGUAUUUAAACCCCCAAGAGCCAAGCAGUUUGUACUUGGGCUUGAAGCACCUCAUCCUUUUUUCAGAGUGAACACUAUCAGAUUGCAUUCUCACUGAGGAUUCCGUCUAACCAUAUGUUGCCACGAAUUAACUCUGCCGCCUUUCUUCUUAAGGAUCAAAACCAGUUUGAUUUGGGAAUAUUCCCCUUUCCAAAUGGAAAUAGCAGUACUUACUUUCCUUGGUGUUUGUAGAUAUUGCCUUGUGUAUUCCAUUUAAAACCGUAAUCUAGUUUGUAAAAGAGAUGGUGACGCAUGUAAAUAAAGCAUCAAUGACACUCU